GAAUGGGUGGUGGCACAGGUACAGGAGCAGCACCGAUCAUUGCUAAAGUAGCAAAAGAAAUGGAAAUACUCACAGUAGCCAUUGUGACAUUACCAUUCAAAUUUGAAGGACUAAGACGUCAGCGUCAAGCGCACGAAGGGCUAGAGCAACUAAAGAAAAAUGUAGAUUCUAUAUUGGUGAUUUCCAAUGACAAGAUGAAACAAAUACAUGGUAAUCUUGCACUUUCAUCUGCAUUCGGUCAAGCGGAUGAUAUCCUUACGACUGCCGCAAAAGGUAUCGCAGAGAUCAUCACAGUGCCAGGAUAUAUCAAUGUGGAUUUUGAAGACGUCAAUACAGUCAUGAGAAACAGUGGUGUUGCCAUUAUGGGUAGUGCUACUGCUGAUGGUGAUGAUAGAGCUCGCAAGGCUAUCAAUGCUGCGCUCAACUCGCCACUACUUGAAGAUAAUGAUAUCAGAGGUGCACAACAUAUCUUACUGAACAUCACUUCUGGCACAAAAGAAGUUACGAUGGACGAAAUAGGAGAAAUCACUGAACACGUCCAAGAAGAGGCAGGAUAUGGUACCGAUUUGAUCUGGGGUAACUGCAAAGAUGAAUCACUUGGAGAAAAAAUUUGUAUCACACUAAUCGCAACAGGAUUCAGAGAAGGUGGAUCUAAAAAAGCAGAGAAGGCAACUGAACAAGUCAAAAUCUCCCUUGAGAAUGACAGAGUACACCAAGUGCCAAAUGAUGAUGAUUUUAAUAUUUUUGACUUCGAAGAUAUAGCAGCUGACAAUGUGAUUGAUUUUGACAAUGAUGAUGUCAAAAAGACAAUCAAUAUGUUA